AUGGCCACUGGUGGCUCUGGCCACGGCCCGCCGUGGCGGGUCCUGGUCCAGGUGGCCAAGAACCGUUCUGGCAUCGAGAAGAAGCUACAAAAGUAUCUCCAGAGCCGGAAGAGGGCCGGGGGAGGCGAGUGCACGGUCAAAGCCGGCCCCAGCGAAGGAACUUACUGGGUAGAGUUUUUGGAAAGCCAAGCAAGGCAACGAGUUCUGGAGAAAAAGAGUCAUGAGUUAGAAUUGCCAGGAGAAGAAAAAUUGACACUCACUGUCACAUUGCCCACAGCAAAACAUGAGGAUGAAGACAAUGAAGAACCUGUCCCAAAAGAAGAAUCCAAGAUCAAAGAUGGAACCCAAGAACAAGAUGCAUCAGAAGACCAAGACACAAAGCACCCACUGGACGGAAUAUUGGGUGAGGCAGAAGACAUGUCCAAAGAAUCUGGAAAUGAACCCUAUAUGUUUGCAUUUAAAAAUGCCCAAGAUUUCGAUGAGUUUCUCCUAAUUUUGCUGGUGGAGAACAUUAGUGGCCUGUCAAAAAAUGAAGGAGAUUUUGAAAUAGAAAUCCUACCAGAAGUGGAAAGUGUUGUGCUUACCUUCCUGAAACCCAUUGAUACAAGGAGAUUUAUUGAUCGUUGUUUUCAAAACCGAAUAGUCCAAGAAAGAAAGAUUUUUGUAGCACCUCUGGAAGUGACAAGAACCAUCCUGGUAGAAAACUUGCCCCAGGAUGUCGAUGAAAAUUACAUCACUCUUUUCUUUGAAAACCCCCAAAAUGGAGGAGGACCAAUAAAAAAAGUCCAGUGCCUACCAAAGGUCAAUUCGGCUCUGAUUGAAUUUUCCGAAUGCAAAGUGGUCAAAACCAUAUUGACCAAGAAACUUCUCUUCAACAACAGUCCUCUUUCCAUGUUCCCAUACUACCAUAGUUUAGAUACUGCUUUAUAUGGAAAGGCAAAGCCACCAGCAGAGCUGCCAGAGCCCUUCAAAGUACCAAUAGAACCUUAUCUAUUGAAAUUCUUUCAUCAAGAUGAUGGAGUAAUUAAAGACAUAACCAGAGCCAUGGAGACCUUUCAUUGUGAACUGACAUGGCCCCAACUCAAUUGUAAAGAGCCAGAAAUUAUACUCGGUCCUUCAGCCACCUUAGUCAGUCAAAGAAGAACAAAGAACAGCAUAAUCAAGACAUGGAUCAAGGAUGUUUCCUUGAAAUUCUCUUCUCUUAUGUCAGAAUACCAAGUCAAGAAGUAUAAUAUGGACCCAAUGGUAUGGGAAGCUGUUAGAGACAGCAUAGGAAAUGAAAGAGCUUUGAUUGAGUUUGAUAAGCUUCAAGAGACAGUGAUCAUAGCUGGGAGACUGGAGGAUGUGCAAAAAACUGAACCAGAAGUAAAAACUCAGAUAGAAAGGGCUACCCAAAAAAUAGAAAGAGAAAAACAAAGUAUAAGAUCAGAUUUCACUUUAUGUCCUGGAAGGUUUUCCAUUUUACGCAACAAUGGCUUAGAAGAGACUCUCCACAAAGAAUAUCCAGAACUGGAGGUCACUUACAACAGCCUUACAAAGAGCAUUUGCCUGAGUGGAUUGCAGGCAGAUGUAUAUAAAGCAAAGAGUGAAAUUCUGGAGAAGCUCCAAGGCUUGGCUCAAAAAUCCUUGCAUAUUGCCCCUCAGAUAGUUCAGUUUCUCCAACAAGUAGACUGUGAGACAUUCUCUGAAGAUCUUUUUGUAUCCAAGAAAAUUUCUGCUACUUAUUUGAUGGAAGGUACAGCCAUUUUUUUGUUUGGCUCCUCUCCCCAGGUUUUGUCAGAAGCAGAACAACAUAUGCAGAAAGCUUUGGACUUUAAGUGCAUUGAUGUGGUAGAUAGUGAGAUUCUUAAUGAUCAUCAGUGGAAAACUCUCACUGAUAAUUUGGAUAAGAAAUACAACUGUUCUUCAAAGACAAUAAUAAUAGAAGAACAAAAUUCAGACACUGGAGUUAAGAUAAUGAUUGCUGGUUGUGUCGGUCCAGUAUAUGAAAGCUACCAGGAAGUUUCUGGAUUUAUAGAAGAAAACACAAAAAUACAGGAGUCGGUUCCUGUGAAGUCACUAGCAAUUAUCCAGUAUAUACAGGAGGAAAAUGAGCAAAUCUUGGAAAAUAUAAAGAAAAAAAAAGUGAAGAUUGAUUUCAAAACUCUGGCCAAUGAAAGAGGCAUUUCACUGAGUGGUCCAAAAGGAGAAGUGAUGAAAGGAGUGACCAUGGUUAAACAAAUUUUGGAGUCAAUACAUGUUGAAAAUUUUAGCAUUCAUAAACCAGGAGCUGACAUCUUAUUCAAAGACAAAGAAGGGUAUUAUAAAAUGGAAGCCAAAAAAAUGUUUAACUGUUUAAUUCGGUUGCAAGAAGAUGGAGAUGAGAAAAGUGGGGGCAAUGAUCAUAGACAGAAGGUCUAUUGCAAGAUAACUUUAGAAUCUGGCAUUUUAUUGACUGUUCAAAAGGGUGACUUAACCCAGUUCCCAGCAGAUGUAGUAGUGAAUGCAGCAAAUGAGAACCUAAAACACGAUGGAGGCCUGGCAGGUGCACUCUCUGAAGCAGCAGGCCCAGAGCUACAGAGGGAAUGUGACCGGAUAGUUCAGCAACAGGGUAAGAUCCAUCCUGGCUAUGCUGUUGUCUCUGGUGCUGGACGGCUCCCAUAUCAGCAAGUGAUUCAUGCUGUUGGCCCCAGGUGGAGGCCAGAACAUGCUUACAGGUGUAAGCACUUAUUAAAAAAUGCUAUCACAGAGUGUCUCUAUCAGGCUGACCAAUCUGGCCACACUUCAAUAGCUAUCCCAGCUCUUAGCUCGGGCCACUUUGACUUCCCCUUAGAAGAAUGUACAAAGACCAUUGCCCUGGCCAUCAAGGAAAACUUCCAGAAUCACCAAUAUAAACAUAGCUUGAAAGAGAUUCAUCUCGUUGAUUCAUCCGAUAAGACAGUUCAGGCUUUUUAUGAAGCUGUGAAGACCAUCUUUGAAGAUGCAUUUCCCAGUAAUGAUUUGCUGCCCUCUACACCACCAGAAAACCAGAAAACCAUCAUGAGAAAAAGUACUGGACAUAGAAAUGCAUUGGCCUCUAUUGAAACUGGAGAUCUGAGCAUUAUAUUGAUAAAAAGGGACAUUCAGGAUGCUAAGAGUGACAUUAUUGUCAAUACCAUCGCAACAGAUCUUCAACUUGACAAAGCACCACUUUCUCAGGCCAUAUUGAAGAAAGCUGGUCCAGAACUCCAAAAAGAAUUAAAUUUAUUGGGAAAAGAAACGUCGGUGAAACCAGGUCAUGUUCUCCCAACAAAAGGCUAUAAUCUGGACUGCAAAUGUAUUCUCCAUGUGGUGGCAUCUCCCUGGAAUCAUGGAGUAGGAAAUGCAAAAAAGAUCAUGAAAGGAUCUAUCAAAGCAUGUCUGGAAACUGCUGAUUCCUUAUCGUUAACAUCAAUCACCUUUCCAGCAAUUGGAACUGGAAAGUUGGGAUUCCCAAAAGCCACUUUUGCAAAAUUAAUCCUGUCGCAGGUGCUUAAAUUCAGUAGUUCAAGACAUUCAAAGACUCUAAAAGAAGUGUACUUUCUGUUGCAUCCCAGUGAUACUGACAACAUUCAGGCCUUCAAAAGAGAAUUCAGUUGCUAUACUGAUGGAACUACCACCAGUGACAGAGCUUCCAGUGAUACAGAAGAAGGUCUCUUUGACACUAUUUAUGAUGCUGAUUUGGGAAUAUAUAAAGGCAAGAUUGGAUCCAUUACUGUCCAGGUUGCCCUAGGGGACAUCACCAAAGAAGAGUCUGAAGUUAUUGUAAACUCAACAAAUGAGUCAUUUCUCCUCAAAAAUGGGGUUUCUAAAGCCAUUUUAGAUGCUGCUGGACCAGCUGUGGAAUCAGAGUGUGCUAUAUUAGCUGCAAAGUCCCAUGAAAAUUAUAUAAUAACACAAGGUGGAAAUCUAGGAUGUAAGAAAAUAAUUCAUGUUAUUGGGGCAUGUGAUGUCAAAAGAACCAUCACAGAUGUCCUACAGGAAUGUGAAAAGAUGAAAUACACAUCCAUUUCCCUCCCAGCCAUUGGAACAGGACAAGCCCAGCAGGACCCUACUAAAGUUGCUGAAUCUAUAAUUGAUGCCAUUGAAAAAUUUACCCAGAAAGGGUUUGGCCAAUCAGUGAAAAAAGUGAAAGUGGUCAUCUUCCAGCCACAAUUACUGAAAGUGUUUGGUGAUAGUUUGAAAAAAAGAAUAAGCUCUAUACCACCAAUCUCAAUCCCACCCCCAACCUCAGUCUCACAAUCAACCCCAAGGACAUAUUUGUCCUCUAUGCUACAUAAUUUGCUAAAAUCACUAGGUCUUUCAAGCCAGUCUGCCAAAAAACAAGGGCAUUUUUUGGAAAAUAUAGAAAAAUCAGCAACUUUCCAGGUGUGUGGUAAAAGCAAGGCAAAUGUUAAAGACACUAUCUCUUGGAUAAAAAAUUUGAUUUUAAUGGAACAAAACACAUAUGUUUCCUCUGAUGAGUCCAUCCUAGAUUUUGGUGAAAAUGAAUACUCUGAAAUGAAUAUGCUACAAAAAAAGCUACCUAUCCAGAUUGACAUUAAAUCUGGAGGGUCUCAGAUCGAGGUCUCAGGACCUUCCAAAGAUGUGUUAAAGACCUCCCAGAAGAUUGAGGAAAUGAUCAAAAGAAUUCGGACCCGUAAAGAUGAGGCAUAUAAAGCAGAACUGUUGAGUCAAAUCAUCCAGUGGCACUAUAAUGACAAUGGUGUUUUUAAGCCUUUUGACAAAAUAACUAAUCGGCAUUUAGAGGAUGCAAAGGAAGAAAAGAAAAAUAGCAUUGAUGUUGAAAUUGAGGGUGAAAUCUACACAGUGGACUUUUCCACCAACCAGGCUACAAAUAGAAAGGGACACAGUUUGCCUGUUGACCGUUUCAAAAUGUCUGAAGUUGAGAUCCCUCCUCACUGGUUUAACAUGAAAAACCAGAACCUCCUUUUGGUGGAUUUAAAACCAGGAGAUCCAGAAUUCAAAAAAGUAAAUGAUGAGUUUUUUAAGACCUGUACUAACUUCAAAAUAGAGAAGAUUCAAAGGAUUCAGAACAUAAAGCUUUGGAAUUAUUAUAAGACAAGGAAAAUAUUAAUGGAUAAACAAAAUGUACAAAAAAAUAAUGAAAGAUGCCUCUUCCAUGGGACAGAUGUUGAUUCAUUAUCACAUGUCAAUAGUCAAGGCUUUAAUCGUGUUUAUGCUGGGAAAAAUGCUACAGCAUUUGGAAAAGGAACCUAUUUUGCUGUCAAUGCUAACUAUUCAAGUGAUGAUAUAUACUCCAAACCAGACCAAAAUGGGAAGAAAUAUAUGUACUAUGUGCGAGUACUUACUGGAGAGUAUACUGUGGGAAAUCCAGCAUACCUUGUCCCUCCACCAAAGAAUGCUCAAAAUUCUGAUGUUCUCUAUGACAGCGUCACUGACGAUAAACAAAAUCCAUCAUUAUUUGUCAUAUUUUAUGACAAUCAGUCUUACCCAGAGUACCUCAUUACUUUCAGGAAGUAACAUACAUACAAGAGAUAUCCUUUACCUACUUAGUUGUAGCAUUUUUUAGACUUUGAUGCAUUUUUUUAGACCAGGAUAUUCAUUCUCAUUACUGAAAUUACUUUUUACAUUAUGCCAAUAUGAUUUUUAAUAUAUACUUUUCAUGAGUUAACUGAAAGCAAGAGUCGUUAGUUAUUAAUUUCAAGGUAUUUUCCUAGAUCAGGAUUCAUCCUCACUUUUGAAAUU